CAGCCUCCCUUGCGGGUAAACAGACAUGGCCGGCGAGGGAGACGAGCAGGACGCUGCGCACAACAUGGGCAACCACCUGCCGCUCCUGCCUGCAGAGAGUGAGGAAGAAGAUGAAAUUGAAAUGGAAGUUGAAGACCAGGAUAGCAAAGAAGCCAAAAAACCACAUGUCAUAAAUUUUGACACCAGUCUACCAACAUCACAUACAUAUCUGGGCGCUGAUAUGGAAGAAUUCCAUGGCAGGACUUUGCACGAUGAUGACAGCUGUCAGGUGAUUCCAGUUCUGCCACAGGUGAUGAUGAUCCUGAUUCCUGGGCAGACAUUGCCUCUUCAGCUCUUUGGCCCUCACGAAGUCAGUAUGGUGCGAAAUUUAAUUCAGAAAGAUAGAACCUUUGCAGUUCUUGCAUACAGCAAUAUACAGGAAAGGGAAGCACAGUUUGGCACAACAGCAGAGAUAUAUGCCUAUCGAGAAGAACAGGAUUUUGGAAUUGAAAUAGUGAAAGUGAAAGCCAUUGGAAGACAAAGGUUCAAAGUCCUUGAGCUAAGAACACAGUCAGAUGGAAUCCAACAGGCUAAAGUGCAGAUUCUUCCGGAAUGUGUGUUGCCUUCAACCAUGUCUGCAGUUCAGUUAGAAUCCCUCAAUAAGUGCCAGAUAAUUCCUUCAAAACCUGUCUCAUGGGAAGACCAGUAUUCAUGUAAAUGGUGGCAGAAAUACCAGAAGAGAAAGUUUCAUUGUGCAAAUCUGACUUCAUGGCCUCGCUGGCUGUAUUCCUUAUAUGAUGCUGAAACCUUAAUGGAUAGAAUCAAGAAACAGCUACGUGAAUGGGAUGAAAAUCUAAAAGAUGAUUCUCUUCCUUCAAAUCCUAUAGAUUUUUCUUACAGAGUAGCUGCUUGUCUUCCUAUUGAUGAUGUAUUAAGAAUUCAGCUCCUUAAAAUUGGUAGUGCUAUCCAACGACUUCGCUGUGAAUUAGACAUUAUGAAUAAAUGUACUUCUCUUUGCUGUAAACAAUGUCAAGAAACAGAAAUAACAACCAAAAAUGAAAUUUUCAGUUUAUCCUUAUGUGGGCCGAUGGCAGCUUAUGUGAAUCCUCAUGGCUAUGUGCAUGAGACGCUUACUGUGUAUAAGGCUUGCAACUUGAAUCUGAUAGGCCGGCCUUCUACAGAGCACAGCUGGUUUCCUGGGUAUGCCUGGACCAUUGCCCAGUGCAGGAUCUGUGCAAGCCAUAUUGGAUGGAAGUUUACAGCCACCAAAAAGGACAUGUCACCUCAGAAAUUUUGGGGUUUAACUCGGUCUGCUCUAUUGCCCACAAUCCCAGAUACCGAAGAUGAAUUAAGCCCAGACAAAGUGAUACUCUGCUUGUAAGGAGAAAUGGUAAAGUCACCUAAGAAGUUGCUAUUUGCAAAUCAGGUCUGCUUUGGAUUUAAUGCCCCUGCUGCCAUACCUAACUAAAUGGCAGCAUCAUGUGGAAGGCUGCAGUUUCUUUGAAGAUUUCAGUUAAAGUAUACUUUUGGAGAGGAUGAAAAACAAUCUAGAAUUCAGGAAUACCUACUUUUAAGGUUGGUGCCAUUAUAUCCUAUGGAAUCUGAUAUGUCUAGUAGCAUGUCAGAAAACAGGACAUGCAGAUCUCUGUUCCCUGCCCAAAGUAUAUUUUGAGUUCCUAUAAAUGUGAAGUUAAUCAUUUAUCCUGAUCCAUGGAGUAGCAUUUAUGCGCCAGUCCUCCAAAUAAUGAAGGUUGCAGAAGUACAAUGUAUGUUCCUUUUUGAAAGAGGCAAGGCAAUGUAUAUUUUAAAAGGGCUUGUUCCUUUGAAUUUUUUUUUUUAGUUUCUGUGAGAUACUGAUUUGUAAAUUCUGAAAAUAAUUAAGAGUUAAAAUAUGCAGUUUGAGCCCCAAAAUAAAGUUUUCAUUUUAUGUGUUUGUUAAGAAAAAUACUACUUUUGUGUAUUUGCUCAGUCUGUUUGAACUAUAACUUGGUAUUCUGUUCCCAACAAAAGUUAUUUUUCAAAAAGUAAGCCUAAACUACUGUGGGACAGAGAUGCCUAAGUGUACCUACCCUCUGUAUACAGGCUAGCAGUAAGUGAUACUGUAUUUUGUGGGCUAUCUUGUCCAUGUAAAUUUAAAGAAAAACCUGUAAACUUAAUUUAAACAUGUUCUUUGUUUAAAUAAUGUAAACUAUCAUAAGCAAAUUUAGAUGUAAGGAAUAAUUUUUAAGAUAAAGUUCUAGAUAGAGUGCUUUGCCACCUACCUCUUUGCUAAUAUGUUCAAGGGUUUAGUGGCUCCUUAAACAUGUGUAAUUAACUGGUUUCAUUGAUUUUCUUUUGCUGCUUUACAUUAAUUCACAAAAGUUAAUCAGUUAACUUUUUUUUUUUUAACUAAACAUGGUUUUGAUCACCACUGAAAAUCAAUUGAAUAUCUUGUUGUAUAUUGAUGUAAUUAGAGCAUAUUCAGAAUGGAUUUCAGGGAGUUUUUUUCAGUGUAGCACAGUGCAUCUCUGUAAGGAAUUACACUGAGGGAACAUUACUUUUUUUGCCUUUGAUCCCUAAAAAGGUUUUCAUUUCAGAAUGGUGGUUCUGAAAAAAGCAAAUAGCUAACUCUGCAUAUUUUCUUUCUAUCUAGACACAUAGGACUUUUACGACAUUGGAUCUGAAAUAUAUUAGUAGUACCUACUAUAUCACAAUACAUUUAAUUACCUGUGUGCAGUCAUUUGUAAGGCUCCCUUUCUUGCAAGGUAGCCCCUGUUAAACUCUCACACUUCUUUGUAGUUGGGCUUUCACAAAUAUAUUUUGCAAAAUUGUUUUAUCUAGGUCCAAAACUGAUACUUGCCCAUAGAAUACAAAGAUGCUAGGGCUGAUGGCUAUAUAGGAAAGAAAAUUGUCAGGAUAUAGCAGCUGAAAUCCACAAUGCUAUUGUUAUACAUCUACUUACCUAAUGAACACAUUUAAGGUUCAAAUUUUUAAAGAGUAAACAUACAGUAAUUAUAGUAAUGUAAACAAGAAGUUAACAUGUAUGUUACUGAAGAGUAUUAUCACUAUAUAUGGCAACUACUCUAUAAAUGCAUUUACCUUUCAAUGCCAAAGGAAAUGUUUUAUUACAAUAAGAGGCUCAAGAGUAACCCUUAAUCCUAUAACUUUCCAGGCUUUGCAUGCACACUUAAGAAAAUCAUGACACGGAACAAAAUCAUGUCUGUAUGAAUGCCAGCUACCCAGGACAAACUGGUAACUUGGGAUUUAUUCACAUGCGUCAAGGAUUUUCUUUUCAGGCACAACUUUAUUUUGGAAUUCAGAGAACUGAGGCUUAAACAUUGUACAAAGUAAUUCCAUUAUUUUGAUCGUAGACAAUAAACAACUUCCACUGCCCUAAAAUUUUUAAAAAGUCUAUACUUUUCUUGCAAGGGAGA